GUUUUCCACUCUUUUUUCGUCUCUCAAGUCUUUCUUUUCCCGCGGGUCCCCCGCAUGUGUUUCUAUUUUGUGUGUUUCUUCUCGGCUCAUAUUUACAUUUUUAACAAAAAGACAGACAGAGACGGAAAGUGGGCGGGCUUUUGUUACGUAUUGACCUUUUAGACGUAAUCAGAUAUCUUCACUUUAGCGCUCGUUUACAAUUUGCUGGAGAAGAAAAGCUAACUGAUUAACCGUCAGUUUUAUUAGAGUAGUGGACACGGUGUGGUCGUUAUUAAGAGGAACCAUUUAUUUUUUUUUGUCAUAUACAUUUUCUAUCAGUACGUAUUGUUUAACCGAUAGCAAAAUUGACUUUAUUCUAGCAAUCAAUGAAGGCUUUACCCACGUGGUUUGAUGAGACAGGCUGCAGUUUCUUUUGUUCAAAAUCACUCAAAAUAAAGGAGGAAGACAGGCGGCUAGGACAGUAAACCAGGAAGAAGCAGCGCACAUUUAAACCGAAUAAAAACAGCCACGCUGCCGAACAUCAAAGUUUAUUUCUUCAACUUUUCGGAGGGAGAAAGUUUUACGGUAUUAUAUUCUUGAAACCCUAAGACACAAUGCCACGGAAGAAGGUGAGCGAGGUCUCUGGGAACGGAGGGAUGAAGAGGAAGAGAGGAGGCAGCAGGAAGAAAGAGAAGGAGUUCAGCAGCGAGGACGACUUUGACGAUUUCGAGCAGGAAAACGCCAAGAAACCCGGCAAACAGUCCGGCAAAUCCAGCCUCCAGCCCAUCACAGUCCCAGACGACAUCAAGGAAAAGAUCAAACUUGAACGAUCCAAAGCCAAGGGCCAGCUUCUAAUUUUUGGAGCCACCAACUGGGACCUGAUAGGCCGUAAAGAAGUACCGAAACAGCAAGCUGCCUACCGGAACCUGGGUCAGAACCUGUGGGGCCCUCACCGCUACGGCUGCCUGAGCGAGGUGCAGGUGAGCACUGUGGUGUCGGGUCCCUGCUCCGCACACAGCCUGCUCAUCACCACAGAGGGCAAGCUCUGGAGCUGGGGCCGAAAUGAGAAGGGGCAGCUGGGCCACGGAGACACCAAGCGCGUGGAAGAGCCCAAACUGGUGGAAGCACUGGAGGACGAGGUGAUCGUGGCAGCAGCCUGCGGGCGCAAUCACACCAUGGCUCUCACAGAGGCCGGCUGUGUGUUCUCAUUUGGGGAGAAUAAACUGGGCCAGCUUGGGCACGGCAACCAGACAGACGCGGUUCCUACUCCUGCGCAGAUCCAGUACAAUGGGCAGCCCAUCGUGAAGGUGGCAUGCGGAGCAGAGUUCAGCAUGAUUGUUGAUUGCAAAGGGAACCUGUACUCCUUUGGGUGUCCGGAGUACGGACAACUAGGGCACAACUCUGACGGGAAGUUCAUCGCCCGUGCCCAGCGCAUCGAGUUUGACUGUGAGCUUAUCGCUAGGAGGGUGGCUAUCUUUGUUGAGAAGACCAAGGAUGGCCAGGUCUUGCCAGUGCCCAACGUGGUGGUGCGAGAUGUGUCCUGUGGAGCCAAUCACACGCUGGUCCUGGACUCUCAGAAGCGAGUGUUCUCCUGGGGGUUCGGAGGGUAUGGGCGACUCGGGCACGCAGAGCAGAAGGACGAGAUGGUGCCACGUCUGGUCAAGCUCUUCGACUUCCCGGGCCGAGGCGCCGCGCAGGUCCACGGGGGCUACCAGUGCUCCUUUGCAGUCAGCGAGACAGGGGCUCUGUUUUUCUGGGGUGUGACCAAUACAUCCCGAGAAUCAACUAUGUACCCCAAAGCUGUGCAAGACCUGUGUGGCUGGAAGAUCCGGGGCCUGGCCUGUGGGAGGAGCAGUAUAAUCAUCGCUGCAGAUGAGAGCUCAAUCAGCUGGGGACCUUCUCCCACCUUUGGAGAGCUGGGUUAUGGGGAUAACAAGCCCAAGUCGUCCACCACAGCCCAGGAAAUCAAGACACUGGAUGGGAUUUAUGCUGAGCAGGUGGCAAUGGGCUACUCGCAUUCUCUUGUGAUUGCACGCAAUGAGACGGACCAGGACAAAGAGAGGCUGAAAAAGCUGCCAGAGUACAAUCCCCGCAUGCUCUGAUUGGGCGCUGCGCUCCACUGCUCUGACCUUCAACCUCCGAAAGGCAGCUGAUUCCAUUCCUAGAUGCACUGGCUCCCAGCCUCUUCCGACACACCACUGGAGGGAGUGGGGAACAAUCGGACAUUUAGAAUAUCCCAUCCCUUUAACUCUUGUCAGGGCAAGCAGGGUCCAUUGGACCCCAGCAGCCAAAAGCAAAAGCUGUCAUAGAGAUGGGCUGUGUUUUGUUCCUUUACAAACCCUGUUCAUCCGCAGAUCUUGAAGGCAUGUGUUGUACAGCUUGCCCUGAUAAGGGUUGGAAAGAAAAUACACCUGUUGACACAACUUAUUUUGUUUAUUUUUGGGGGGGGUAUUUUGUAUUUAAUAAAGAUAAAUCAGGUGAAUUUCCAUGGCACGUUUAUUGUAGCCCUCUUUGCCUCAUGGUCAGAAUCAGUGAUCACCUUUUGUGUCUUAAAUUUCAAUGUGUUUUCAGCUUCAAAUGAUUUUUUUCAUUGAAAAAGAGAUCCCAGAUCUUAUAAUGAAGCCCUUGGUGCUUCUGCAGCUGGAAUCUCAUUGAACCUGAUCCAGCAUGGGGUUUACCUGAGGAAACAAAUCCCAAGCCUGAUCUAGCAAACCUUAAGAGAAAAUUAUUGAACAAAUUAGAAAUGUUGUUGGGUAGUUUUAGUAUUUCAUUUUGUUGAACAAAAAUCCAUUAAAAAAAAAAAAAAAAAACAACAACUGUUUAUAGAACAAAGCAAAAGCUCAGUUUGCAUUACCUCCUCUCUUUGGAACGAGACUAGGUCUUGAAGUCCGGAGAAGUUUCUGAACACAGAUCAUAGACCUUGACUGUACUGUGUAAACUUUGUAUACAGAAAAUCUAUUUAAACCUCAGGUCUAACGGGACCCUAAACCAAGAGAAUAGUCUUAGUCUGUGAAAGGGGAAUUGCUGUGCUUCAAUAUUGGAUGCUUCCUGUUCCUUGGGGUCAAGGGUCAGAGUUGUACUUUAUUACAAUCUAUUAACUAAAUCUAAACUCCUAUUUAUAUCAAACCCAAACUUAUUACUUCCAACCGGAUCUUGUUUGUAACAAAAACCUACAAGUUCUGAAUAUGAAAGUCAUUAAAAACUCAAAUCUAGUAUUCAGUUGUAUGUUGACCUUUGUACUGGAGAUCCCUGAUGUGAUUUCUAAUACAAGGUUGCUACAAAGAUGCUUGCUCUUUUGACUGGUGGUUUAAAACAUAGACUCAAACUUCUGUCUAACCCAAGCGCAGACUUUAGUUGCUUGUUUCACUGCUCCUGAAUCCUGGUUAAUACACAACUUUGAGGACAGAAGCAUUAAACUUGCAGUCUACUUCCUCAAUUCUACUGAGAUUGGAAGGAAGCGGUUUUCUGUGUUUUAGUGCUAAUUAGCACAAGCAGAGCUAAGCUCUCCCAGUGUAGUUGGCUGAGUUUUAUUAUCUGCCAACUUCUAGUUUUAAGAUUCCUGUUCCCAUAACUUUGCCAAACGCUUCCAUCAGUUGCAGGUUUAAUACUCUGCCUACAGCAAUCUGGUGCCUUUUGCAGUGGCUGCAAAGUUGGUUUCUCCUGUUGCCCUGUAUUAACAUGCAGUCUCUUCCAGCUUCAGUGCCCAGACAUUCCUGGCACCUGCCGUGUCACAGUGCUAGAGCUGCUACCCAAACUAUUCUUCCUUUAGGUGCAUUACAUAUAUUACUGGUUGUGGGAGACAAAGAAAAAAACAUACCUGCCAAACACAUUCUGUCUGUUUCCAUUAAUUUAAUCCUGUUGUAUGGGGUGACCUUUUUGUGUUUUUUUUUAUUUUUUAAAGCUGUUCAUGUUCUAUGGGUCCUGUUUCACUUGUUUUUUUAUAUAUAAAUCUUGGAAAUGUUUAAUAAAAGGCUUAUGUACUACAAUA